AUGCAGACGAUUUUCUGGCCUCAGAUGACCGUUGAACUGAACAUGACUUAUGCGCAGCUCAACGCUGGUAUUUCCUGCAAUGUCGCCGGGCUUGCUGUGGGCAGCUUCAUCUUCGUACCAUUCACGAAGAAGUACGGACGGCGCUCCACGUACGUCAUCUCGACGGCGGUUCUGGCCGGGACCGCCUGGUGGUCCGGCAGGAUGAACACGGUCAGCGAGAUGUACGUGACGAAUCUGCUCUUCGGUCUCGCAGGCUCCGCGAACGAGACCGUUGCUGAGAUGACGGCAAGUGGAAAAAUCCCCCUUAUAACGUCACUUGAUCGCCACCAUUUGGAGUCCUAA